CUGCCGCUUCGUGGCUACUGAAUGUUUGGAGCGCAGCAGAUCCGGACUAUAGAAUACAGGAACUGGAUUUUACACGUUACUAAGCAUAGUGUACCUCUAUAAGAGGUAUAACCUGGUCCACAGACAGUUACACUUUGUGCUGUGAGACUUGUUGAGAAGGACGAGGAACAACGACUGGACAAACCGGCUAGCUUGAAGGUGAAUCAAAAUGGCCAACGCAAUACCAGAGAAGAUAAGGAUGAAUACUACACUAUUAGAAAACUUGGCAGUAGUGGCAAAAGAUACAGCACUGCUGAAGGGGGUUCUAAUGAGGAUCCAAGAGACCCCCAACUCAUCAGAGUCGGUGACGUACGCUCCAUUCACACUCUUCCCCACACCGGUACCGGAGGCUGUGUUCUCCCAGGCGCUGGCGGUGCAAACUCACUUCAACACGCUGGUGGACAAGAUCAGCCAGGAUGCUGAAUUCCUGCAGGAGGCUCUAGCCAGCACCAUUGCAGUGGAUGAUUUCACGGCGAAGUUGUUCAAGAUCCACCAACAAAUCCUAAAAGAAGGAAGGUCUCAGCCUGUUGUGCUGGGUCUCAAUCGGUCAGACUACAUGCUGGACCAGGCAGCGGACGGCUCGUCUUCUCUGAAGCAGAUCGAGAUCAACACCAUCGCCGCCAGCUUCGGAGGGCUCUCAUCACGCACGCCAGAUGUACACCGACACAUCCUGAAGGCGGCCGGGCAGCUGAAGGAGAGCGAGCGGAUUCUAGACAACAACCCUGCAGCGGGGCUGGCCCGGGGUUUGGCUAAAGCCUGGGAGCUCUACGGAUCAGAGAAAGCAGUCGUCAUGUUCCUGGUGGAAGAGGUCCAGAGGAACAUCUUUGAUCACCGAUACGUUGAGAAAGAGCUCUGGAACAGGAACAUUCCCACAAUGAGAAGACGGUUCGAAGAUGUUUCUAAAACAGGCUCCCUCGAUCAGGACAAGAGGCUAUUUGUAGAUGGCCAAGAGGUUGCUGUGGUGUACUUCAGGAACGGCUACAUGCCUCAGAACUACAUUUCUGAAAAGGACUGGGAUGCUCGUCUGAUGAUGGAGCGCUCUCUGGCUGUGAAGUGUCCCAACAUCAGCACUCACCUGGCCGGAACCAAGAAGGUCCAGCAGGUGCUCGCUAGACCUGGAGUUCUGGAGAAGUUCUUCCCCGACCAGGCCCAAGUAGUGGAACAGAUCAGAGCGACGUUCACUGGCCUCUACACUCUGGACCUGGGACCUGAAGGGGACAAGACAGUAGCGAUGGCGCUGGCAGCACCAGACCGGUUCGUCCUGAAGCCUCAGAGAGAGGGAGGCGGUAACAACAUCUAUGGGUCAGAGAUCUGCCAGGUCCUGCAGGGAGUGAAGGACAGCACCGAGAGGACGGCUUAUAUUCUGAUGGAUCUCAUUCAUCCCACCCCCGUGCAGAACUACCUGCUGAGAAAAGACACUCCUCUCAAGAUCAGCACCUGUCUCAGUGAACUGGGAGUGUUCGGAACAUACGUCAGAAAAGGUAACGACAUGGUGAUGAAUGAGUGUGUGGGUCACCUGCUGAGGACCAAGAGUUCAGAACACUCGGAUGGAGGCGUAGCAGCGGGGGUGGCGGUGCUGGACAAUCCCCUCCUCGUCUGAGACCCGACAUCCGUACCUGCCGCUUCAGCCAAAAGAAAAUGCUUGAACGGACAAAGAUGAAAUCAAGGACGGAUAUUUGAGUCUCCCUUUUACACUAGCCUUCACUCUGUGUAGAGGAACUAUCCUGCAAAUCUUUCUCAAUUUUUGAUAUCACGAUGAUUUCUUUUAAUGUGAAGUGCUGCUAUCAAAAACACCCUCAAGGCAACCCGUGUGCCUAGAUCUAUUUCUCUAAUGUCCUAAAGACAUAAAUGUUGUGUCUAAAAACCGCUUUAAUAAUUUAAAUAAUAUAUGGAAUUAUUGUCCUCUUUCAUGUACUUUAAUCUUAAAACCAACACCUGUCUGUUAUUUUUCAGUUAUUUUAAACCAUUAAUUGAAUGUCUGCUUACAUAAUGCCACUGUUGUAUUUGUAUUAAAACACACAUGCAUUUCUCAGUCUGGAAGCCCUGCAUUCAUAAAGUAUGCAACAUUCUUGUUAAAAUCAAUGAUGGCAGAGAAACUUAAACCCGCUGACUGCUGCCUCGUUUUUAUGACGAACACAACACUGACAAACACUUUAUUUUACACAUAGUUGCUGUGACAUGUUGUAAUUAUCUAACCUUGGGAUGUUUAAACAAAUAUUAGCUUCUAUUCUAUCGUUUUCAUUCACUUUCUUUAUUGUAGAUUCAUUUUACUUUUAAAACUUAAGUCUUCAACUACUGAUUAUUAUCGUAUAUACACCAGUUAUUUUCUAGACAAUCGAUUGGUCCAUACAAUGUCAGAUAACAACACCAAGGUGAAGUCUAACACUGUUUUGUCAUUGAACCAAAGUUAUGUACUUUAGUAUGAAAUAAAACAGAAAAACAAAUCUC